GUCAACACUUCAUAAGUUGUAACGAAUCCAGGCAGCUUACGACUUGCAGGUUAUAAGGACCCAUCUUAACCGCGAAACCUGUUGCGCCCAGCUUUCCACGCCUUUUAUGCACAUCAUAAAUGUAGGCAUCACCUUGGAGGCAAUAUCGGAGGGCAACAAACUCGUCGACAGCUGGCCUGCUCGCGCGGCGCCCCUGACCGGGGGAUGCCGCGGGGACUGACGUUUCCCCUGCUGGCCCUUGUCGCGCUGAUUUGCGUCCGCGCGCAUGCCGUGAUCGACACCGGACCUGAGUUGCCAGAAUCGGCGAGGAGAGGCCCUGUUGAACGUCCGCAUGCUAGCGCCGCCCACCGCAACGCGCGGGAAUCCGGCCGUGACGAUGGGGAUCAUGGGGACGAGAUUGUGGCGGAUGUGCAGCAGCCGGAGGAAGGCGACCGCAUCUUCCCGAGCUACGAGGAAUCUGAGAGCUACAAGGAGCUAAAGUGUGGCAAGUAUGACGUGACUUAUGAGCAGAUCGAGAGGGACCUGGCCAUUCACCGCGAGCUGGGCACACACUACAACUCCACCCGCUAUAUCAUCAAGUGGCUACACCGGCGGAACGGCAUGCCCAUCGGGUUCUUCGGUGGCCGGGCGUACCUGCUUAUGAAACCGGACUGGAAGAGCUUGGCGCACCACUCCAAACUGCACAUUGCCUACCUGCGGAUGAUCGCGCACCUGGAGCGGACGUUCGGAGCCGCGAUACCAGAUGUGGUGCUGGUGGUGUCCAGUUCGGACACGCCACGAUACGUCUCGCCCCGUCUGGUCAACGUGAGCAGUCCGGAACCGCAGCUGCCGCCCACCCGCGACGGCGGCCCCGCGCCCAAGGCGUUGGUGACGGGGUUUGUGCCGGGGCCGUACCCGGUGGCUGGGAUCUGCAAGAGCGACUUCUGGCCCGACCUACUGCUCAUCCCCAACUUCCAUUUUCACAUGAAGCUGUACGACGGCGCGUCGCUGGCGCCCAUACCCGCGUUCCGGGAGAAACACCCCUGGGCCACGCGGGAGCCAGUCCUGUUUGGCAGGUUCAGCCACUACCACCUGGUGAGGGAGCCCGCGGAUGAGUCAACAUACAAGCUUGGCCUCGGAGGCGAGGAAAUUUGCAGGAACGAGAACACGACGUGCAUGGGGCGAGAGCACUUCAUAACGAAGGUCGUGAAGCAGGACCGCGAGCGGAUGGACGUCAAGUUUGCGGGCAUGCAACCCAUGGUCGGACACACGCGCUUCAAGUACCUGGUCAACCUCAACGGCCAGAGCAUCUCCUCCCGCCUGGAGCAGCUGCUGCCUCUGGGCAGUGUCGUGUUCACAGAGUCAACCUCUGUCGGCUACUACGCCUACUACUACCGCACGCUGCUAAAGCACAGAGUCAACGUGCUUGAAUUCUGGAGGCGGGUCCCCGAGGAGGUGUUUGAAGAGCUGGACUGGGCGCAGGAGCAUGACCAGGAGGCGGCGGCCAUUGCGGCGGAGGGCGGGCGCACCGCCGCAACCUACCUGACAGGGAACGCACGCGCCUGCUACUGGUUCAGGCUGUUGCACGGGCUGAGCCGUACGCUCCGAUUCCGGCCGCGCCUGGACAAGUGGCCUGGUGCCAGGCUGGUUCAAGAGGUGUUGAAUGAGGACCUGCCGCUAGCGCCCGGAGGCCCGGACCUGAUUCAAUCACAGUGGGCCCCCUAGCUAGCUAGCCAGCUAUAGCUAGUGCCCGGUACUUAUACCGAUGGAUGGUUGCAAAUUCGGGAGGUAGGUAACCUGGGGGGGGUGUUUCUGUCAGGGGUGCUGCGCGGUUUGCGGCAGGACGUGACGGGCACGACAACGGCGCUUGCGGCUAUCUAGCAGCAGGAUAGCUUUUCGGCACGACAAGUGAGCGAGCCGCAGACGCCUCGAGCGGCCGCUGUAAGGCCUUGUCGCGCGCGGGCCUGUUAGCUGUGGUACGCACGAGACACAGCAGGUGCAGCUAGCAGCGUGCUUACGAACGGACUGUCCUUACGGUGCGGUUACAUGGACGCGAGGCUGCGCUGUAGGUCCUGUGCAUUUGUAUGAGCGAGCCAGCCGACUCAUCCAGCGUGUGGUCAACCACGUUUGGUGGGGCCAGACCAACACGUGCGUAUGCGUUCACCGUGCAUUGUUCGGAUACAAGCCAGCAAGCGCGCGGCUCAGUUGGCUGCUGCCUGCUGAACUGCUGCAUGCAUCAACAUGGAACAGCAGGUGUGAAACGUGUGUACGGUUCGAUCAGUUUCAUUGCGAGGUGUGGACAUACGGAGAAGUCUGAAACGUGCUAGUGUGAGUACGAACGCACAGUUUUUGCACGAGUAUGUCCGCGACCAUUGUUUGCCAGCCAGGCACUUGGACUGGCUGCUGCAUGCGGAUCGAUAGAUAGCGUGCAACUUGCUCGUGCGCCUGCCUUGCUUGUGCACCUGGAAGGCAUGUUGUUAGGUGUACGCCACUGCCCGCGGCUGCUGCUCUGGCUAGUGGCUAUGGUCCCCGGCCCGAGGCAAUGUGUCGCGUGGGCAGCACCAGACGAGAUGAUCGUGCGUGCGUGCGUGCGUGCAGCGUGCCCAAUGGCAUAAUCCAUAGUCCACUCACCCAGGCACCCACUCCGCCUGAUGCCUGCUCGGCUUGUCGUGCCUACAAAUGCAGCCCUCGUGCAAAUGUAUGAAUGCCAGUGUCGACCAAGGUGUACACGCGCAAGGUAGGGGAGCUUUCACUAGCAUGCUUCGAUCGACGGCGGACCGAA